ACAGCCUUAACCUUACACUUCGCGAUCCUCCCCAAGCAACGGCCGGCCAGCACCUCUCCAGGAACUAUAGGGAAUUCAUGAUUCCUUGUGCACACAAUUUCAACCGUUGGGACCAUUUCUACGCAACUGAUACAGUCCAUCCUUUCAUACCUAUUCAAAGAACCAAUUGUUUCCCUUCGAUCAGCAGAUGGACUCCUCGUUGCUUGAGGUCUGGCAAGCUGCUGCUAGCACGCCUUUCAACCCUGCUGUCGGCAAAGACUCUCAGUUCUUUAUUGCCUUCCUUCUUCUGCUCAUUGGUGUUGGUAUCACCGGUGUCUUCGCUCUGAACCGAUCCAUCACCAAUAUCUUGGCGCUAGGUAUACCUGCCUCUGCCACGAUCGCAUUCGGCACGGUUUACAUGUUCUGCGCGGUCGGAGUCUACGUCUAAGAUACCCCAAGAAGUUUUUCCAAGUCGGCGGCUACCUUGUACUUUAGAAGCAACCAAAAAAACCAUCCAUAUCACCAUUCUCUCAAUAUCAGGUGACCGUUCUCAUACAA